AAUAGCACUAGUGCUGAUUUGCGCAGUUAUUUUUUCCUAGUUUAAGUCUGUGAUGCAGUUAAAAUCCACGGGGAUGUUUUUUCUAACAGUGCUUGUUUACAGGAUUAAGCUCUCCAUUAUUUGAUGUUUAUUCUUUCUUACUUUUGUAGAAAAAUGGAAGUCGCCACUCCUCCAACGUCAAAAUGUAUUAUAUACUGGAAAAGAAAAGUCAAGUCUGAAUACAUGCGUCUCCGGCAGCUGAAGAGGUUUCAGGCGAACAUGGGAGCGAAGGCUCUGUUUGUGGCCAACUUUGCAAAGGUUCAUGAAAAGACUCAAAUUCUGAACGAAGACUGGAAGAAGCUUCGAGUCCAGCCGGUGCAAUUGAUGAAGCCAGUCAGCGGGCACCCGUUCCUAAAACAGUGUACUGUUGAGAGCAUUUUCCCGGGAUUUCCAAGCCAGACGCUGUACAUGAGGACACUGAACACAGUGGCACUGGUGCCCAUUAUGUACUCCUGGUCCCCUCUGCAGCAGAAUUUCAUGGUGGAGGAUGAAACGGUUCUGUGCAAUAUCCCUUACAUGGGAGAUGAGGUGAAGGAAGAAGAUGAAACUUUCAUUGAAGAGCUUAUUAAUAACUAUGAUGGGAAGGUUCAUGGAGAGGAAGAAAUGAUUUCAGGGUCAGUCCUAAUCAGCGAUGCUGUGUUCCUGGAGCUAGUGAAUGCCCUGAAUCAGUACUCAGAUGAGGAAGAGGAAGGACACAAUGAUUCUGAGGUUAAACAGGAGGAUGGAAAAGAGGAGCUGCCGGUUACAAGGAAAAGAAAGCGAAUUGCGGUGGAAGGUAACAAGAAGUGUUCAAAGAAGCGGUUUCCCAAUGACAUGAUAUUCACUGCGAUUUCUUCCAUGUUUCCUGAAUACGGCUUCCCGGACGACAUGAAAGAGAGGUACCGGGAGCUCACGGAAGUGUCGGACCCGAACGUGCUGCCGCCGCAGUGCACUCCCAACAUCGACGGGCCGUGCGCGAAGUCGGUCCAGCGGGAGCAGUCCCUGCACUCCUUCCACACCCUCUUCUGCCGCCGCUGCUUCAAAUACGACUGUUUUCUGCAUCCUUUUCAUGCUACACCUAAUGUGUACAAACGAAAGAAUAGAGAGACCAAGAUCGAGCCAGAUCCUUGCGGAGCAGACUGUUUCCUCUGGCUGGAAGGAGCCAAGGAGUUCGCUGCGCUGCACAACCCCAGGUCCAAGUGCUCGGGCCGGCGCCGCCGGAGGCACCACGUGGUGGGCGCUUCCUGCUCCAACACCCCGGCUUCCACCGUCGCCGAGACCAGGGAGGGCGACAGCGACCGAGACACGGGCAACGAGUGGGCCUCGAGCUCCUCAGAGGCAAACUCCCGCUGCCAGACCCCCACCAAGCAGAAGCUGAGCCCGGCCUCCUCCCAGCUCUUUGCGGUGGAGACGCCGCAGGGGCCGGUCGAGUGGGUCUUUCAGUUUGCUGUGAAAGAAUCACUUAUAACGAAACUGCCAACAAACGAGUUAAUGAAUCCAUCCCAGAAGAAGAAAAGGAAGCACAGGCUGUGGGCUGCGCACUGCAGGAAGAUUCAGCUGAAGAAAGACAAUUCGCCUACCCAGGUGUACAACUACCAGCCCUGUGACCACCCCGAGCAUCCCUGCGACAGCUCCUGCCCUUGCAUCAUGACCCAGAAUUUCUGUGAGAAGUUCUGCCAGUGCAACCCUGACUGUCAGAAUCGCUUCCCAGGCUGCCGCUGUAAAACCCAGUGCAACACCAAGCAGUGCCCGUGCUACCUGGCCGUGCGGGAGUGCGAUCCGGACCUCUGCCUGACCUGUGGGGCUUCGGAGCACUGGGACUGCAAGGUGGUCUCCUGCAAGAACUGCAGCAUCCAGCGAGGUCUCAAAAAGCAUUUAUUGCUGGCACCAUCGGAUGUCGCCGGCUGGGGGACUUUCAUCAAGGAGUCCGUGCAGAAGAAUGAGUUCAUCUCGGAGUACUGUGGUGAGCUUAUUUCGCAGGAUGAGGCUGACCGGCGAGGGAAGGUCUAUGACAAGUACAUGUCCAGCUUCCUCUUCAACCUCAACAACGAUUUUGUUGUUGAUGCCACUCGCAAAGGAAAUAAAAUCCGCUUUGCCAAUCACUCAGUGAACCCCAAUUGCUAUGCCAAAGUCGUGAUGGUGAAUGGAGACCACCGGAUAGGGAUCUUUGCCAAGAGGGCCAUCCAGGCGGGAGAGGAGCUCUUCUUCGAUUACAGGUACAGCCAGGCAGACGCCCUGAAGUAUGUUGGCAUAGAGAGGGAGACAGAUGUCAUCUAGGCUGUGCGGGGCGGUCCCCGGCACAGCUCGCUGCUGCACCUUGUAAGCGAUGCCAUGUUUGCUUCACGCUGACAUGACUGCUGCUGUUCCUGUUGCUGUGUGUGUCACAAGUGCUACUUUCCAUC